ACGCAUGCGAUAAUGAGUUGGCAGCCCACAAAAUCUCAAGCAAUAUUUAGCAGCCGUGCAAUGUAUUUUUAUGUGAUUUUACUAACAAUCAAUUUACGCUAGUUAUGUUUGCAAAAUGUUAUUUGUUCUGAUAGCGAUUGCCAUUCUGAGCGGAUGCAUAGCCACGUCUACAAUCCACAUGCCCGUCACCACACAGGACAUCAUUGCCGGUGACGUGUUCUUCGAAAUCAUUUCGCCGCAAGAUCUGGAAUACACUUACCGACUGCGGCCGGCAAAGGACUUUGGUGUCUCAUUCAGCCAGAAACUGGAAGGUGUACCCCUGGUACUGGCGGAUCCUUCCGAGGCUUGCCAACCGCUUCGCAAUGGGAGAGAGAUGCAUGGCAGCAUUGCCCUUAUGGAUAGGGGCGAGUGCUCGUUCCUUACCAAAACACUGCAUGCCGAGGCCGCCGGCGCAAUCGGUGCCAUUAUCACCGAAUAUAAUUCGAAAUCGCCAGAAUUCGAGCUAUACAUUGAGAUGAUUCACGAUAAGACGAACCGUGACACCAAGAUUCCAGCUGGCUUUUUGCUGGGAAAGAACGGCAUGAAUAUACGCAAAACGCUGCUCCGCCUGAAGCGCCUCCAUGCGCUGAUCAAUAUACCUGUCAACCUGACCUUCACCCCGCCAUCCAAAAUCAAUCAUCCGCCCUGGCUGGGCUGGUGAGUCCGAAAUGUGCGUGUGGGCGUCUGCGAAAACUACAAUUGAAACUGAGAUAAAAAUAAAACAAAAGCAAAUCUGAAACCAAAGUGCAUACUUAGUCAGUCAAGAUAUAUAUUAUACGCGUAAGCUAAUUAGCUGGGCUGCAAUUCAAUAGAAUUUAUUCUUUAAACCAUUUCGAACUUUGCUCUGGAAUAACCACAAGCAUUGCAGCACAACUCUUAGUUUAUUUAGUGAAUGAAUAAAAUAAAAUAAUGUUUAGUUGAAUUUACCUGACUAUAAUUAAAACUUGUAUUGUACAGAAGUUC